GAGUACUUGCCUUGAAUUUACAGGAAGUAUCAUACAACUGGUUGUACAGUAUACAUUUCGGACACAAGGGCCCUUGCCCCUAAGUUGCAUGCCUUCUUUCACCAAGUUUUCCAAGUGAAAAUCUUGCAAGAGGAGUGUUCAUAUCCAAGAUUUCAAUCAAGGGGAAUGCUUUACCCUCAAUGUUCUUGGGCCCUUUGUGUAGUUGUUCCUUACAUGGAUAUGCUAACACUUUAUAAGGAAUUAUCCACCCUUUAACUCGCGGUCAAGAGGGCUAGCGGGACAAUCUCAGGCUCUGGACCUAAGUGUGUCUAUAUGACUCACUUGUCUCGUGGGAGAAACACAUUCGCGAAGAAGCUCUCUCUUCAGAUACUGCUGAGCACUCAAUGAGAUUCUUCAUACGUUGCACGAACUCGAAGAAACUCCCAAUCGAACCCCCGCCAACCCUUUUACCCACGGCGGCUCUGCCCCUCGCCGCCGCCAACAUCAUCUCUCUUGCCCUUUUCACAGUAUAAUAUAGAAGGGGCUGAUCAAUGGAAAAUCGAGGCCAAAAGAGAACAGAUACUGAUGAUGAGCUUCCGGCUGAUAAGAGAGCAUGUAGUUCAUUAGAGUUUAGGGCAAGUUCAUCAAACUCAUCAGCUCAAACAACCCCUUGUGAAGGUCAUGGGAUUGAAAUGGAAACAUCAUCUACAACUUCAGGAUCAAAUCAUUCAGAUGGAGAAGGUGAAAGGGAAUCUACUUAUGGAUCUUGUGACUCUGACAGCUAUAGAGAAUACUACAAUCAAAGAUCAUCGGGUGAUCAAAGCAAAUUCAAGAAUAUUCUUUUGAGCUUAACUGAGGAGAGCGAAGAAUCAGUGCAAUUGGUUGCGCUUAAUGAACUGUGCGAAUUGUUAUCGUUUUGUUCUGGUAGUUCCCUUUCAAGCCUAAUGACGGAUUCAUUCUCUCCUGUCUUAGUCAGAUUGGCUAGGCACGAGAAUAAUCCUGAUAUAAUGCUGCUCGCAAUCAGGUCUUUAACUUAUUUGUGUGAUGUCCAUUCUCGGUCUUCGGCGUUUCUUGUUAGACAUGAUGUUGUCCCUGCUCUUUGUCAAAGACUUUUGGCUAUCGAGUACUUGGAUGUGGCUGAACAAUGCUUGCAAGCACUGGAAAAAAUUUCACGUGAACAACCACUUGCUUGUUUGCAAUCAGGGGCAAUAAUGGCUGUUUUAAAUUAUAUUGAUUUCUUCUCAACAAGUGUGCAGAGGGUUGCAAUUUCAACAGUUGUAAAUAUAUGUAAAAAGCUUCCAUCCGAUAAUCCCUCACCUUUCAUGGAAGCAGUUCCAAUACUGUGUAAUCUUCUCCAGUACGAGGAUAAACAGCUUGUUGAAAGUGUGGCUAGUUGCUUGAUAAAGAUAGUCGAACAAGUGUGCCACUCUUCUGAGAUGCUUGAGGAACUUUGUAAUCAUGGACUAGUUCAACAGGCCACACAUCUAAUAGACUUGAAUAGCCGAACUACUUUGUGCCGACCAGUUUACAUUAAAUUAAUAGGGUUACUUGUAAGACUGGCUUCUGGUUCUGUUUUGGCCGUCAAGACACUCUUUGAUCUUAAUAUAAGCAGCAUAAUAUGUAAUAUAAUGUCCACCUAUGAUCUUUCCCAUGGAGCGCCUUCAACUCCCAUGGUUGAUGGGCAAUGCAAUCAGGUACAUGAAGUUCUGAAGUUGUUACAUGAGCUCCUACCUCCUAUAUCCCGGGAACAUGACACCCACAAAACCACUGACAAGGAAUGUUUUCUGAUGAGCCGCCUUGAUCUAUUGCAGAAAUUUGGAAUUGAUUUACUUCCUGUUCUGCUUCAGGUGGUUAAUUCUGGGGCAAAUUUACAUGUUUGCUAUGGUUGUCUCUCCAUUAUCCACAAGCUAGUAUACUUCAGCAAUUCAGACAUGCUCGCCCAAUUGCUUCAGGACAGCAACCUGUCAAGUUCUUUGGCUGGGGUGCUUUCUCGGAAAGAUCACCAUGUGCUGAUACUAGCUCUUCAAAUUGUUGAUACGCUUCUGCAGAAGCUAUCAGAUGUUUUCUUAAGCACCUUUGUCAAGGAAGGUGUUGUAUUUGCAAUCGAUUCACUUCUUUCCACAGGAAAAUGUUCACAGUAUGGGUCAAAUGGUGUUCAAUCAUCAAACGAGCCAACAAGUAAAACACCACCACCAACAGGUGCAUUGAGAUGCUUAUGUUUUGCUUUUGAUGAUAGCCAGACUCGGACCACUUCAGAAUCUGCCAGGAGUUGCAAGCUGGAGAGAGAGACUGUUCAGAAUCUUGCACAGCAUAUUAAGACAAAUUACUUUGCUCCAGAACUAAUGAGUCCUGAGAAUGGAUUAACUGCUGCCCUUCAGAAGCUAAGAACUUUAUCCUCUGCAUUGACAGAUCUGAUGAACAAAUAUUUGACCAAUGUUGAUGCUUCUUGUAUGCAACAUGAAACCUACUUUUAUGAGUUGCUUAGUCAGAUCAUCUCACAGCUAAAUGGGAAGAACUCCAUUUCCACUUUUGAGUUUGUCGAAAGUGGAAUAAUGAGAUCUGUAGUUAAUUUUCUUUCUAUUGGUCAAUAUCUUUCUGUGAAGACUGAAAAUGUUGGAGCACUUCUCCAGCAAUAUAAUAUUGAGAGGAGAUUUGAAAUGUUUGGAAGAUUACUUAUGUCGUCCUCAGAGCCAUUAUUUAUAGACUCGACUUUUAUAGCUCUAGUACAUCAAUUGCAAAGUGCACUGUCAUCGGUGGAAAAUUUCCCUGUUAUCUUAAGCCAAUCACCCAAGCUACGUAACUCAUAUGCUACUGUACCAUUUGGACGGUGCACCUCAUACCCAUGCCUUAAAGUUCAAUUUAUCAAAGGAGAGGGGGAGACAAUCCUGUUUGAUUAUUCAAAUGAAGCGGUGAACGUUGAUCCCUUUUCAUCUUUGGAUAUGAUAGAAGAAUAUCUUAGACCAAAAGUGAGUAAUAACAAAACAAACAAUGAUCCAAAAUCGCCCUCUCAAACUAUGGAUGAAGGAUCAGGUUCACAGUUUUCACCUGAUUUGAGCCCUUCUCAAGAGCAAAAUUCAGAUCCAAUGGAAUCAGAGAGCAUACACGAUGAUAUGAAUCAAAUGCAGCUUUCCAAGAGAGAGGGGAAUGCCAUAGCUGCAACCAUACCGGUGGAAAAAGCAAAUACAGAGCAGGCCAAUGCUGAACCUAUGGACAUAGCAUAUAAUAUGGAGUCUGUGGAGCACGGAAGGCUAUAUCUGUCUGAAAAUAGUAUUAUGAGUACCGAGUGUCCUCAAUGCAGUGGGGAAGACCUUCCAAUGAAAUUGUCAUUCUACUUGGAAGGACAGAAACUAAAGAACAAGUUAACACUAUAUCAAGCUAUACUUCAGCAGCAAAUUGAAGGAGAAAGUGAUGCAAUCAUUAAUCCUAAGGUUUGGAAUCAAGUCCAUAAAAUAACAUAUAAGUCAUAUGUGAGACAAAAACAAAAUAGUGCCAAAAAUUGUCUUCACAGGACACAUCAUUCACCUUUACAAGACAAGCAUACACUGUGGCAACAGUACACUCCAUUUUUCUCUAACAUAUUUGCCUCAGGAUUGGUUGAUAUGGACACAUCCAGUCCAACUUAUGAUAUUUUGUGUCUCCUUAGAUGUUUGGAGCAAAUGAACAGGUUCAGAUUUCAUCUAAUAUCACGUGAAAGGGUAUAUGCUUUUGCAGAAGGGAGGACCAAUGACCUGGAUAGUUUGAACUCUGAUAACUUGCCUGUGCAUCAAACUGAAUUUGUCAGCAGCAAAUUGACUGAUAAACUAGAACAGCAGAUGAGGGACCCUCUUUCAGUAUCCGUUGGUGGUAUGCCUUACUGGUGUGUACAAUUAAUGGAUUCAUGUCCGUUUUUGUUCAGCUUUGAGGCAAGAUGUAAGUAUUUCCGUCUGGAAAUAUUGGGCAAGCAGCCAGUUGAACAUCAUUUACAAUCUAAUAAUAGUAGUCGAGGCCUGACUGGAAGGCAGCUACCGCGUAAAAGGUGUAUGGUUCACCGAAACAAGAUUCUGGAUUCUGCUUCCCAAAUGAUGGAACUCCAUGCUGGACAAAACGUUGUGAUUGAGGUGGAGUACAGUGAUGAGGUGGGUACUGGUCUUGGACCAACCUUGGAAUUUUACACAUUGGUCAGUCAUGAGUUUCAGAGAAGUGGUCUUGGUAUGUGGAGAGGUGACUGUAUGUCAAGUGGCAGCAUUGGUAUGGAGGAUAGUAAUACCAAUCAUCAUGGAAGCCUUUUGUCUCCUUUUGGCCUAUUCCCUCGUCCAUGGUCAUUAUCUGUUGAUGUCUUAGGUGAAAUUGAAUUUUCUGAAGUGCUUAAAAAGUUUUUCCUCCUCGGCCAAAUUGUGGCAAAGUCUCUUCAAGAUAGCAGGGUUUUGGAUCUUCCUUUCUCCAGAGCAUUUUACAAGCUAAUUCUUGGGAAGGAGCUCAGUCUAUACGAUAUUCAGUCAUUUGACCCUGAUUUAGGAAGGACUUUUCUGGAAUUUCAUGCUAUUGUUGAAAGAAAAAGGCAUCUUGAAGCUUUGUGUGAGGGAAAAUCUACUCUAAUGCCUGACUUGUACUUCCGGAACACCAAAAUCGAGGACCUUUGCCUUGACUUCUCUCUACCCGGCUAUACAGACUACAUCCUUACUUCUGCUUCUAAUUCGGAACUGGUGGAUGUAUCCAACUUAGAGGAUUAUGUUUCGCUCAUUGUGGAUGCAAGUAUAAGGUCUGGAGUUUCCAGGCAGGUGGAAUCUUUUAAGUCUGGUUUUAAUCAGGUUUUCCCUAUCGGGCAUCUUCAGAUAUUCACUGAAGAAGAACUAGAACGUUUACUAUGCGGAGAACGCGAUAUUUGGAAUUCAAAUGAGGUUGUUGAUCACAUCAAGUUUGAUCAUGGUUACACGGCUAGCAGCCCUCCUGCUAUAGAUUUAUUGGAAAUCAUACAAGAAUUUGAUCACGAGAAGCAGAGAGCUUUCCUACAAUUCGUGACUGGAGCUCCAAGGUUGCCUCCUGGUGGCUUGGCAUCUCUCAACCCUAAACUCACGGUUGUUCUCAAGAAAUGCAGCAAAUGUGCUGAUGACGACCUCCCUAGCGUGAUGACAUGUGCCAAUUAUCUUAAGCUGCCACCUUACACUUCUAAAGAGAAAAUGAAAGAGAAACUAUUAUAUGCCAUAACCGAGGGGCAGGGCGCCUUCUUCCUUUCGUAGGGUAAAGCCAGGCAGGUAAAUAAUGUGAAUACUUAGUUAUCAGACUAGGCAGAUGGUGUUGAUGUACAUAGAAUGACUAAGAAGUGGUUCUGGCCUUUGGAUCUGACUUAAGAAGAAGAAGAUGAUGACAAAGAGGUUUGAAACUCAUUCUAGGGAUUUGUACAGAACUUUGUUGGAUAGUAUUGAACAUGGAUAGAUGCUUUAUAUUAAUACCCAGUGUGGGUUUGAAUAAAAAAAAAGUGUUUCC